ACACCUUCUGGACAGUGGCACAGAAUGGAGAAUCCAAACAGAGCAUGGUAGUCUCAAUGAGUUGAAGAGAGACAUUGGAAUUCCAAAAGGGGCUUGGCGGCCAGACAGGCGAGAUGGCGGCAGAGGUGUUGCCGAGUGCGAGGUGGCUGUAUUGUGGCGAGCCCGAGGAGAGCCAGAGAGCUGUGCUGGUCCAGUUCUCCAAUGGAAAGCUGCAGAAUCCAGGCAACAUACACUUUACCUUAUACAAGAGCAGUGACUCCACAAACCCCAGGAAGAGGAAUCAGCGGAUCCUGGCAGCUGAAACAGACAGACUUUCCUAUGUGGGAAACAAUUUUGGGACUGGAGCCCUCAAAUGCAACACUCUGUGCAGGCACUUUGUAGGAGUUUUGAACAAGACCUCUGGCCAAAUGGAAGUAUAUGAUGCUGAAUUGUUCAACAUGCAGCCACUGUUUUCAGAUGAAUCAAUUGAGAGUGCACUGACACUAGAGAGCCAGACCAGAACUUACAGAGAAAAGAUGGAUUCUUGUAUUGAAGCCUUUGGAACCACCAAACAGAAGCGAGCCCUGAGCUCCAGGAGAAUGAACAGAGUUGGCAAUGAAUCUUUGAAUCGUGCAGUAGCUAAGGCCGCAGAGAAUAUCAUUGAUACGAAGGGUGUGACUGCGCUGGUCAGUGAUGCCAUCCACAGUGACUUGCAAGAUGACUCUCUCUGCCUUCCUCACUGCUAUGCUGAUGCAGCCAAGCCUGAAGAUGUGUAUAAGUUUGAAGAUCUUCUUUCCCCUGUGGAGUAUGAGGCUCUUCAGAGCCCGUCUGAAGCUUUCAGGAACGUCACAUCAGAAGAGAUAUUGAAGAUGAUUGAAGAGAACAGCCACUGUUCCUUUGUCAUAGAAGCGUUGAAGUCUUUGCCAUCAAAUGAAGAGAGCCGAGACCGGCAGGCCCGAUGCAUAUGGUUUCUGGACACCCUCAUCAAAUUUCGAGCUCAGAAAGUGAUUAAGCGUAAAAGUGCCCUGGGACCUGGAGUUCCACACAUCAUCAACACCAAACUGUUGAAGCACUUCACCUGCUUGACUUACAACAAUGGCAGUUUACGGAACUUAAUUUCGGAUUCUAUGAAGGCAAAGAUUACUGCAUAUGUGAUCAUACUUGCCUUGCACAUAAACAACUUCCAGAUUGACCUGACAGUGUUACAGAGGGACCUGAAGCUCAGUGAGAAAAGGAUGAUGGAGAUAGCAAAAGCCAUGAGGCUGAAGAUCUCUAAAAAAAGGGUGUCUCUGGUUGCCGGUGGGGAAGAGGAUCACAAACUGGGCACUCUGUCCAUCCCGCUGCCUGCAGCACAGACAUUGGACCGCCAGUCAAAGCGGAGAAGAAUUACCUAGAUGUAUGCUUUUCAGACAGCAUUUUGACCACAUCAUAGCCACUGGUUCUGUUUAUUUUUAUUUUUAAAAAGGAAAGAAAAAAAGAAGCCUUGCUUUGGCACAGGUAUGAAGCCAGAAGCCAGCAUCCCAGUCAUGGCUGUCUUACACAGAAAUAGAAAGUGACAGCCAAGUUGGACUUCAUCUCCCUUCUUUAGUGUUGCAGUGAUUAUAAAUGGCAAAUGCU